CAAGCGGUCCGCACCGUCGGGGGCUGAUCAGGUGCAUCUGAAGAAACCAGCGCCAAGGUAGGACAGACCACUUUGAGAUAAUAAAGGUUUGCGCAAAAACGAAAACGAAACAUAAGACUCGUCCAAGACAGACUGGAAGCAUUAAGCUCGUCCUGAGGACUGGUAGGCAGCUCGCCCGCAGAGGGUUGGAAGCAGUAAAAUAAAUAUUGAGCUCGUCUAAGAAUGAUUGGUAGCUCCCCGAAAGGGUAAAAAUAGACUCGCCUGUAAGACGGAAUUGGUAGUCCUGCGUGGACUCAUUCCGCAGUUUAAAAAGGCUGGAAGUCAGGGACUCGCCUGUAAGACGGAAUUGGUAGUCCUGCGUGGACUCAUUCCGCAGUUUAAAAGGCUGGAAGCACUACGCUCGCUUCAAGGAAGCUGGUAGCGUGAACGUGCGUUAAAACUGUCUGUCUUUUAUUGUUUUUUUGGUGGAAUAAGUUGAUUUCUACAGCACAAUAAGGAGGCUGAACUAUUCCACUGAUUUGUUUACUGUCGGUUGCUGAAGUACUGGCGAAUCGAGAAGAAGGUCGUGUUUUAUCACAUAAAGAUGACACCGCUUUUGAGAAUAGCUCAAAAGUAGAAGGGCGUGUCAGCCACCUCUCUCUGUUCUCGUGCCAGCGAAAGCGCCGCAGGUGUGUGUGUGUAUUACUAAGCGCUAAAUAAACAAAGAACUAUCAAAUAAAAUAAAUCAAAAAUUAAAUAUGGGAAAUAAAUCUACAAAACCCGAAUUGACUGCAGAUGAACAAUGGUUAGAGAAAAAAUGCCCUGGUGCAGGACAGAUAAGCGCAAAUAGGUGGAGAAAUCCCAAAAAAACAAACUGCACCGCCUGGGAGGGGAACUGUAGCCCUGGCCAAAUACAGCAAUUAAGCAAAUGCCUACACGCAGAGAUAGAAAAGACUAGUGGUAAAAAGAAAGUCCUGCGCAUGUACGAAUACGUAAGUUUCUUUGUACCAUGGCAGGAGGAAAGUAAGAAGCGUGAAGAGAAAAGAAACAAAAAGCAAAAUAAACAAAGCAAAAAGCCACCUACCGAAACCACCAAUCCUCCCCCUGAUACUGAGCAACCAUACCCCCCAAAUCCUUAUUCCCCUGUUUCAAAAAAUCCCUUUGUAAAACCACAAGACCCUUAUGUCUCAGCGAGACAACAACUGAACCUAAUGACCCGCGAAGACCCACCGCCAUGGCCUCCAGGCCCGUUAGGGCAAUUUCCGUUAAUUCAGGCGCCAAACCCAAAUUUCGGGCGAGUAACCGGAGAGCCCCCACAAGCGCCAGGUGGGGCACUCCCCAGGGAUAGACAUCCCUUCACAUAUACGUUUCAACCGUGGUCGGCCGAAGACAGAAAAAACGUAUUAAAAGACGUGCCCCCUUUAAAUGAAGGACACCAACAGUGGAGAGAUGCAGUAGAAUUAAUCCGCUGCAGUUGGAUGCUAAAUGGCCUUCUUCCCUCAAUCAGAGCUCAUGUAGAAAAACACUGGGUAACAAUGAACACGGGCAACCUCGCGGAUGCCCUGCAAUAUGCAGAACACGCCACUCGAGUCUUAAAGAAAAAGAAGAAGGGAGGGGUGUUUACUGUAGACCCAGAAACAGGGUUCAUAGCCUUUGCAGGUGGAUAUCAGGGACCCAGGCGUGGACAGGGGCAGAAGAACAACAAAGUAAGGAAGAGAAAUGCAGGCUACAAAGGGGAUAGGAGAGAUAGAGAGGACAGAGAUAAUCGUUGCUAUAACUGUGGGAAAGAAGGGCACUUUGCCAGAGGUUGCAGAUACAAAAAUGACAAUCAGGAUAAGUGGCUAGCACGAGAAGAGGGAGAAACUGAAAUCUUCAAUAUAGAACAGUUGCCCCUAGGAUCUGAACACAAACCCACAGCAACCAUCCAUGUAAACGGUCAACCAAUGACUAUGCUUUGUGAUACUGGAGCAUGCAAAACAGUAUUAAACAAAAAGCCCAAAAACUUAAAGUAUUCAAAUGAUACCCUGAUAGUCAAAUCUGCAUCAGGACACACCAGUGUGAAAUCAUUAACAGAAAGUUUAACACUGGAGCACAAAGACAGCGGCAGGAGCUGUAAAAACCAAUGUAUAUAUGAUCCAUCCUGCCCAGUCAACCUUUUGGGGAGAGAUGCUCUAGGAAAACUUAAAAUAGGAGUAGUUCCAGGGCCAGAAGGAAUGUAUGCAAAAACAAUGCUGUGCGAGGGACUAGACCCUCAAGUUAACGAGUUGGUAGUGCAUGAAGGAGAAGGUGUACCCAGUUACUACUGGACACUGGACCUACCCCCAUUAGAACCUUUGCAAAACAUAGCUAACCGCUACCUACCAGGCCACUCUAGAAAGCUAAACUUCUCUGAGUACCACAACACCCUGAGAUUCAAACAAAGUCCAGGUCCUGACCGCAGUUAUGAUCAGCAAGUACACCGUCUAGGUCCACAAAAAACUCACCCUGCAACAUCUGUACUGGAAAACAAAGAAAUAGUUUUGAGCAACCAACUGCCGCGUGAUUCUCUCCCAGUCUCUUCCAGGUCCUGCUCACAACACCCACAGCAUGUAGGAUUGCUGAACGACCCUCGUGGAUUCAUCAAAGCCACACAAAAAAGGUUGAACCAAUCCAAGACCCACCAACAUCUCCUUAAAGUGAGUGAUAAGUUUAGACUCUGGUCCUCCCCAACCUCUAGUGUUCGCUCGGUGGGGGGUAGGGUGAUCAGUGGCAACACUCGUGAUCCCACUCCUCUGGCUGAGGUCUACUCAUUAGAGGCUACGGGUGUGUCUGGUGGUCGAGAAGAGGAGAACACUCACAGGAAUGGAGAUGCUAGACAAAGAACCCAAGAUUCCACUGAGGGAGAAAGGAGAGAUGGACAUAGACGACGUCAAUAUUGGACAACAGGAUGCCAGCUGACAACAGUCACAACCCUGUGCUUCAUGUUUGUGUUCUCAGUGUUCCUGACAAUAGCCAUCGUAUCCAUGAACAUGACCUGCACCGAUAAUCCCUGUGAUCCCCACUGCCCACAGAUUUAUCGUCAGUACCCAAAUGUGACAUGCUCGGAACAAAGCGCUGUCCCUAAACAAGAUCAUCGCACCACGGAAAAAGUGGAACUGACCCGGAAAAAGCGCAGUUUCUGUAGAGGAUACUGCUACGGAGUGGCAGGGGCCAGGAAAUAUGACAACCCAUGUAACCAAACUGCAACCCUGAAGAAGACCGAAGAUCUAUACCUAUGCUACCACAAAACCAGUUUUUCCUCUACAGUAUGGAUCCCACUAAACUCAUUCCACAUUGGAGGCCGUCGAGGUAACAAGUGGAACGAAUAUGACUGGUACCUGUCAAGCACGGACUGGGACCAAGGCUAGGACACAGUCUUCACCUACACUGGCAACGACUGGACCGUAAGAGCCCUGAUCAACAGGCUGAUAGCAACUGCCAUUACACCAGACCCUGUCAGCCCAAGAGAAACUAUGACGUUAUUAGAACACACUGACACUGACACAGACACUGAUGAUGAAGCUGAUUCAAAUGAAGAGAUUGA